GAGCAAGUAGAGAAGUCCUUCAGCACAACAGCAGUUGAUGGCUUUGGUGGCCUUGCAAAUGGAUUGCUUGUAGGGGUGCCGUUGGUGUUUUGCCCCUCUUCAUUCAUACUGUGCUUUGUAAUACUGUAUGUCACCAAAACCACAAAAAUAGGACCUGAACUCUCAGCUUUGUCCACAGCCAUUUAAUGCUCCUGGUGUUGCCUUGGCCAAGUGAUGUACUGAGAAUGUAGCAUUUUGUCUUAACUGUUGUUUUAACCUGGCUGCUAGAUUCUGUCGCUGUUAAUUAGCUUGUAGUUCUGGGAGGGUACGGUGCUCUCCUGUUGAUUGUCUGACCAAUGGCUUUUUUUCAGACACUAGAUUUUCCUGUGGAUACCAGCACGGGGCUUUUGCAAGAAGUUUACAGCAAUAUCUGUCAGUGGAUUUAGUACAAGGGAUGGGGUGAACAUUCAUGCUUCAUUAUUAAUAAAAAAUAGAUUUGACUAUGAGGAAUUUAAAGAAUAAUGGCACAGGCUCAAGGUUUGCGGAAGAGAUACAUUAAAGCCUUUUUUAAAGGUUUCUUUGUUGCUGUUCCAGUAACGGUGACUUUCUUGGAUAGAGUUGCCUGUGUAGCAAGGGUGGAAGGAGCAUCAAUGCAGCCUUCUUUGAAUCCUGGGGGAAGACAAGCCUCUGAUGUAGUGCUCUUAAACCAGUGGAGCAUUCGAAAUUAUGAUGUACAACGUGGGGACAUUGUGUCAUUGGUAAAUCUGGCUACUGAAUAAAAUUUCAAAUAAGAUCACAAGAAUUCAACUGUUUCCAUAAAGGACAAAUGUAGCAAAAAAAAAAAAAAAGUUUUAAAAUUAUAAUGGGGAGGUCUAUGUAUCAAGCCAAAAGGUGGCAGUGUUUCGCUGUUGAAAAUGUUCAAGACCAACAGAGGACAGAAACUCCAUUCCAGCCUUAAUGUAAUAAAGAAAUGGAAUGUCAGUGUGCAUAACUGACACAAUGAUAUAAUACAUACUCAUACUACAUGCUUGGAUAGUUUAAGCUUAAGGUUUUAGUUUUGUAAGUGAAAUGCACAGUACGUAGAUUGUAACAGGACUGGAAGCUAUAUUGUCUGGCUUUCUUUUUGUCAUAUAUCUCUUCUAAUUGUCCCAUGGUUUUCUCUACCUCUUCACUGUAGUGGUAAUUUGUAUUACCUGUACAGUUUUUCACUACAAGCUCUUAAAGCAAACUCUCUCAUGUUGUCUUCUUUUGUUAGAAACUUAAAAUUUACUUUAUGGUCUAUCUUAUUUUCUGUAAAUGGUCUAGCUACAAAUAUGAAUUUAUUCAUGUAUGCAGCACCUAAUAAUGCAGAAGGACUCCAAUUUCAGGUCACUUAAUGACUGCUUGUAAAAUUUGAUUCUGCCUGGGUGUGCAACUCUCUGCCUAAGUCAUGCUCUGGUGAUUGUUUAAAUCAGUGAAUGUAACUGAUUAGUAAUUAAUAGACUGAACAGAAGAUGAGCAUGUCUGAUCAGAAAACAAUAUGAAUAGCUUGAUUCUUAUUAUACUUCUUGAAGGCUUGUGGUACCAUUUGAGCCAUCUGCAUUGAUUGCUUUCACUUCGCUGUAUGUUUGGGCAUAAUAACUAAAUUAAUACUUUAGAUGCUGUGUUUUUUUUUGUAUGUUUUGAAAAUUUCGCCUAUUACUGAUGGAACUUAUGUUACACCCACAUGGAAGAAGUCACAUUGUAUUUAUGCACUGUAUUGAGAAUUUUCUUAAUAUUUGGGGAAAUACACUGAAUAAUCUGACUAGAGAAUUCAAAAAGCGCUUUAAGAACAAUACAAAGGAAGUUAGAAAAAUGUAAAAAUAAUCUAUUGAAUAGUUUUGAUAUGAAAAUACUGAAGGAUAUUUUAUAUAUCAGUAACAAUUUUUAAGCUGUUAAGUACUUUAUGAUACGGGUUUGUUAGAAGCAGUUUUGGCCUACUAGUUUACUGUAAUGUAAAGGUUUUAAUUAAGUUGUAGAGACUUGCAGGAUAUAGUAUGUGGAUAUGAUUUUGCAUUGAUGUGAGUUGUUUGAGACUUAACUUUUGGUACAUGAGGCUUUUAUUGUGUGAACAGGUUAAUAUUUUUAUCCUUUUCAUUUAGAUUGUUUACCUAGAUUUCUAUAAUUCAUUAGUGAAUAGAUGUCCUGUGUGUAUGCAUGAAUUUUACUCAGUGGUCCUCAGAGGAUCUGGCUGAUUUAGGCAAGGUGUGAGCAGGGAAGACCAGUCUCCCAUCAGCUGCUGCUUUUUCUGUUCCUGUCAGAAAUUCAGACGAGAAAGUAUAGGUGUGACUGAGAUAGGCAGAUGGAUAUGAAGACCUUCUUUCAUUUCCUACUUGGCUGCUUAACAUUUAUCCACUGUCUCGUCUUUGCUGAGUCAUAGUAGAAAAUAGCUAUCAGGUUGUGGGAGAAUGGCGUUUUGCAGAGCAAGAGCUGAGGUCAAAUUUUCCCUCACGGCAGCCUGACCGGGGCCAUCCAAGCUCUUUGCUUUCUUCAUACUGUCAGAAAUACUGUGCCAUUCUGGAUGGGUGCUCUUUCUAUUACAGCUCUUAAAAGGGAUUGUUGAGAUCCCAACUGACAAAGUCCAUUGUAAGUAGAUGGCCAACAGCCAAACCUUGGAGCAAAGAUAUGAGUUAGUCUGGGUGGCCCUGGAUGCCUCAAGAGGUGAUCAAUCAGUCUGUGAUUAUGCUUGUGAUACUGCUAGCAGAUGCAAAAGGUUUUCCUCUCUCGUCCAAUCUCGUUCUUGACAAAGAUACAUGUUUUUGUUAUUUGCUGGCUUUGACUACAAAUGAGCACCCUUUCCCCAAGAACUUGAUGUUGUUUAUGUGCCGUUAAGGUAUUAAAUAAAGACUGCAUGUUUAUGGAAA